AUGUCCAUCUACUAUCAGAACAUUCGAGGUAUUAAUACUAAAUUGGAUAUGUUUACUCGUAAUGUCUCUCUAUGCAAUUAUGAUAUUAUUAUAAUUACUGAAACCUGGUUAUCUGACAAUGUAAAAAAUGCGGAACUUGGACUUUGUCCCCGUUAUACUAUUUUUCGAUGUGAUCGUUGCAGUACUCGUGAUGUUACUACAAGAGGUGGUGGAGUGCUGAUUGCAGUCAAGAACCAGUUCUCGUGCCGUCGUCUUCCUCUCUUGGACAACUCAGUUGAGCAAUUAUUUAUACAAAUUAGUGAAAAAUCUUUAUCUUUAGUUAUAGGUGCUGUUUAUAUCCCCCCUGCUUCUGAUAUUAAUGUUUACGACAUACACUUCAAUGCUAUUGAUGUUUUGUUAAAUAAUAACCGUCAUUCGAAAUUUUUAAUUUUUGGUGAUUAUAAUCUACCAAAUAUUAGUUGGCAAUCUGUAAAUGGUUCAAUUGUCGCUUCAGGUGCUCGUGCCGGUUCUCUUGAAUCUAAUGUGUUAGCGCAAUUGUCUUAUCUAAAUUUAAUGCAAUUUAAUUUAAUAUAUAAUCGCUCUGGAUCGUUACUUGAUCUUAUUUUUUCUAACGUGUUUGAUAUUAAUGUAAUUAACGAGAAUCACACAUUAUUACCAUUAGAUUCUAUGUACCACCCAGCACUAUCAGUUGAAUUACCUAUUUUACCAUUUAAGUAUUUAGAAUAUAAUGAACAAAUGUACGAUUUUGUCAACUGUGAUUAUAAUAGUAUUAGAUCUAAUCUUGCUUCUUUGGACUGGAAUGGCAUAUUCAAUGGUCUAGAUAUUAAUGAUACAGUAAAUAUAUUUUAUAAUAAUGUUUUUAAAAUAAUUAAUGCCUAUUGUCCGGUUAAAACUGUAUAUUUAACAAAGCACCCUCACUGGUUCAGCAGUUCUUUAAAGAAAUUAAUUCUUGAUAAAAAAAUUGCUCAUAAAACAUAUAAACAAUCACCUAAUUCAUAUAAUUACAACAAAUUUUCUAAUUUACGUGCAUGCUGUAAGGCUCAAAAUAAAAUUGAUUAUAAUAUUUUUAUCCAAAAAAUUCAAAAUUCUAUUACUAGUAAUCCUAAGUUAUUUUGGAAAUAUGUUAAUAGCAAACGCUCUACUCUUUCACUCCCAAACUCUAUGUAUUACAAUAAUGAAAAUAUUUCUGGUGGUUAUGACAUUACUAAUUGCUUUGCUCAACAUUUUUCCAGUGUCUUAAAUAUGCCGUCAAUUACUGAAAGUAUUGUUGAUUAUUACAAUACUAGUAUUCCUUCUAUUGAUUUAAAUUCAUGCACUCUGGCUAUUAGCGAUGUUUAUAAUGAGCUCAAUGAAAUCAAAUAUAGUACUUGUUCUGGUCCAGAUAAUAUUUCUAACACAUUUUUUAUGCAAUGUAAGUUUGUUUUAUCAACUCCCUUAUUGAUCAUAUUCAAUCGGUCUCUUGCUAUUGGAGUCUUUCCGGACCAAUGGAAAAUAUCAUAUGUCUCUCCGGUUUAUAAAAGUGGAGAUAGUAACCAUAUAAUUAACUAUAGACCUGUCUCCAUUAUAUCCAUUAUUCCUAAAAUAUUCGAGGGUAUCGUAUACAAGAAGAUUAGUCCGCUCUUUAAAAAUUUUAUUAUAAACGAGCAACAUGGUUUUAUGUCAAGUAGAUCCACUACUACUAAUCUCUUGGUUUUGCAACAUUUUAUUUUAAAUGCAUUUAAAUCAAAUUGCCAAGUCGAUGUAAUAUACACUGAUUUUGCUGAGGCCUUUGACAAGAUAGAUCAUAAUAUUCUCUUCAAAAAAUUAUUCCAAUCCGGUCUCUGCAAUCCAUUCUAUUCUUGGCUAGUCUCUUUCUUAUCUGGUCGUAAGCAGUACGUUAAAUUUAAAAAUUAUAAUUCUUAUAUUUACAAUGUCACCUCUGGAGUUCCUCAGGGAUCUCAUUUGGCUCCGCUUCUUUUUAAUAUUUAUAUUAAUGAUAUUAGUAAUAUCAACUCAAAUAUACUGCUAUUUGCCGAUGACGCUAAACUAUUCCGUAUUAUAAAAACUCCACUAGACUCUAAUCUGCUUCAAUAUGAUCUUGAUGACAUAAGUAAUUGGUGUGAUAAUAAUAAAUUAUAUUUGAAUGUUUCAAAAUGUAAAAUUAUUACUUUCACUAGAAAGCGUGUGUCUAUAUUAAACAAAUACUUUUUAAAUGGUAUUGAACUAGAACGAGUUAAUCUAAUUAAAGAUUUAGGUGUAUAUCUUGAUUCCUCUCUUUCAUUCAAUGAUCACCAUGUCCAUAUUCAGAAUAGAGCGUCAUCAAUGCUUGGCUUUAUAAUUGCGUAG